UUAUGUCUGGCUGGUUAAGGGAUUGCGUUCUGCAGUUGAUACAGCCUCUGACUUCCUACAGCUCGGCUCCAAGCACGCUGCUUUAGGAAGAACGAACUCCAGAGCAGCGUCGGGGUAUCUUGAAGUCGCCUUGCCUUGCUUAUAAUUGAGAAGUGACAGGACAGUGCAUUUGUGUGUGUCGUGCAAAGUUUCAGUUGGCUUGGAUUGGAAGGAGUCUUCCUCCGAAGGAACCUUCAGAUCCGACCUAUUAGGUUUCAAAUGAAGACGGUCAGCUGUCUUAACAAGAAGUAUUUAGAACAGGUAUACAAAUGCUCUCUGUCCAGCCAGACACCAAACCGAAAGGUUGUGCUGGCUGCAACCGUAAGAUCAAAGACAGGUAUCUCCUAAAGGCCCUGGACAAAUACUGGCAUGAGGACUGUCUGAAGUGUGCCUGCUGUGACUGCCGUUUGGGGGAAGUAGGCUCUACCUUGUACACCAAAGCCAACCUUAUCCUGUGUCGCAGAGACUACCUAAGGUUAUUUGGCGUUACGGGAAACUGUGCAGCCUGCAGCAAACUCAUCCCUGCGUUUGAGAUGGUGAUGAGAGCCAAGGACAACGUUUACCACCUGGACUGUUUUGCAUGUCAGCUUUGUAAUCAAAGAUUCUGCGUGGGAGACAAAUUUUUCCUAAAGAACAACAUGAUUCUGUGCCAGACAGACUAUGAGGAGGGUUUAAUGAAAGAAGGUUAUGCACCCCAAGUUCGCUGAUCUGAUGCCUCAUCCCUAAGAAUAUUGAAGCACUACAUUCUUAUCCUUUCUUUUUUCUUUUGUUCAACAUGUAUAUAAGAAACAAUGGUGGAACCUACUGAAUAGCAUAGAUAUAGGGAGACAGGAUGGUCAUGUGGAAUAAAAGGCGGACAUUCAAAUAUAUGUAGUGGAAAUUGCACCAGUUCACAGUUGAAUGUUUAUUAAAAAAUAAUGUACAUACUGCUGAAGGGGUUUUUUGGGGGGGGGUUGCUGUUUUUCUUCUGCUUCUUUUCUUUUUGUGUCAUUUGGCAUGAGAUGCUUAUUUUGGACUAAUGUAUAUAAUGUAUUGUAAUAUUUGAAGCACAAAUGUAAUACAGUUUUAUUGUGUUACCAUUUGUGUUCCUGUUUGCUUAUUUGUAUUGUUGCAUUUAGUACAAUCGGUGUCUAAACUUUAUUGUAUAUUUAUGCUUUCUGUAUCUACCAGCUAUUUUGAAAGAGCUGUAUCUUUCUAGUAAAAACAAAAGCAAAAAAAAAAAAGAAUUUUAAGAGCCAAUCCCAUGCAUUCCUCUACGUUUUAAAAACUUCACAAAUGUUUGAAUUAUUUGAUUAAAACUAUGGGCACAAGUUCUAGCCAAAAUUAAGUAUUCAGUUCCAUUGACUUGAAUUGGAUUGGAUAUUUAAAUGCAUGCUACACUCUCCCAUUGAAAUUGAUGGGAUUUAGACAUACUUAACUUUUGACUGGAUUGUGACCCUAGUAACAGACAGUGCUAAUGUUGCUGAGGUCUGCAGUCUGUCAUUAGAUCUCAUGCAAGCUUUUUUAUUGUUAUAGGAAAAUGGUAUUAGCUAUUUUAUUUCAUAUAGGCUGAAAAGUACUUUCUGUUUGCUACAGAAUUUUGGUGGGGAGUUUUCGACUUUAUUGACAGAAGUUCUCAACCUUAUUGAGGAAGCGUUUAUAUGGGGGGCUACUGUGCUCUGUACACUCCCCGAAAAAAAUGUAUGUAUUUGCUUGUUUCCAAUAUAACUGGGAAUGAGGAGCUGAGCCCCAAUGCAAAUCAGUGCCUUUGGGUGUCAUGUAAAAGUUUUAUAUGUAUAUAUAUAUUUCUGAAGUUAUUUUAAUGUAGCAUAGUGAUUUCUGCUCCUGUACAGAAAUGUUAUUUAAGAAAAAAAAUCAGUGUCUUGCCUAAACUUGUAUCUGGUUUGGGUACAGCAUACCUAAGAAACUGUCUCCCUUUAUAUGGUCAUCACAGUCCAUAACGUUGACCAAGAGUGCCCUCUUGAGGUUACCUUCUGCGUAUCAACUCAAGACAGCUGGGCCUUGCAGAGAGGCAUUCCUAGGGGCUGCCCCACAACUAUGAAAGUGCCAUCAUGAUGGAGAUUCACCAAAAGCUGCAUAAUCUUUCAGAAUCAUUGUCAGGCCUUUUGAUAUGGGCUACCGUUUGGGAAGGGAAUAGAAAUGAAAAACCUCCAUUUAGAGCGCUGAGUUUUUAGCAUCUGUUACUUUUGUAAAUGUGUUUAAUCAAAAUUGAACUGGAUAUUGUAUUCUUUGUUUCUUAAUUUAUUGUUAUCCAUUCCAAGUUGUUGGGGUGGGACAGUCAAAAAUAAAUAAAAUCUAAGGAUUG